AUGGAGAACUCAUCAGUGGCAUCAGCCUCCUCAGAGGCAGGGAGCAACCACUCUCAGGAGAUUGAGGAGCUGGAGCAUUUCAUUGACAGCUAUGUCCUGGAGUACCAGGUUCAGGGGCUGCUGAUGGAUAAAGUGGAGGGGGAUGGCGAGAGCGAGAAGACACAGUCCCAUGUCUUGCAGUGGACAGCAGAUUGUGGCAAGCAGCUUGUUGGCAGCUGUUCCCCAUCCCAAGGGAAGGGCUCGUUGUGUCAUGAACACAGUCAGAAUGACAACAAGGAGAGCUCCCUUGACAUGCUGGGCAUGGACAUCUGGGCUGCCAACACCUUUGACUCCUUCAGUGAUGCGACAUGGGACUUGCAGCCUGAAAAACUAACUUUCACCCAAUUUCACAAGAAGCUGCGAAACACCUCCAAACACCUGCUGCCUCACAUAGAUAGAGAAGGGCUUGGAAAAGGGAAAUAUGAGAAAGUCCUUCCAGUGUGGCAGGGUUACCAUUCAUUGCCUCAUCAAGCUGAAAUCGCACACACCAAAAAACUGUUCAGAAGGAGGAGAAAUGACCGGAGGCGACAACAGAGACUUCCUGGUGGGAACAAGUCUCAGCAGCAUGCAGAUCAUCAGCAAGGUGGCACCAAACACAAUAGGGACCACCAGAAACUCUACCAAGGAGGCCAGGCCCCUCACUCCUCAGGCAGGACAGACCACCACGGCUACAGUCAGAACCGGAGAUGGCACCACAACCAGAAGCACUCACCCAGUGACAAAGAAGCACAGAGAAACGCCAAAGAGACUGAGAAUUUCAAAAUCGAGGACAUCUCCAUCUGUUCGGUGCACAUUCCCUCGGAGAUGCACCAAGGCCCAGAGACUGUGAAGAAGCAGUCUCAGCAGUACAUUCAAGAGUCAGAGAUCAAGCAGAAAGUCAGUAUUCAUGAGUGCAUUGGGGAAAGACCUAAGAUCAAUUUACUUCAGUCUUCCAAAGACAGACUGAAAGAAAAGGUAUUAUUUCUUAGGAAAACGCCUUGUCUUUCCCUUUUCAUGGAUCAGGACAAAGUCAUCGUGGAAACCACCAAUCCUGAAAAUAAUAAAAUGGACAAAUUAAUUGAAAUUCUCAACAGCAUGAGGAACGACAGCGGUGACGUUGACUCCAAGCUCACCACAUUCAUGGAGGAGGCCUAGAACUCCACCAACUCUGAGGAGAUGCUGGGGGAGAUAGUCAAGACCAUAUACCAGAAAGCAGUGAUGGACUGCAGCUUUGCUUCCAUGGCAGCCAAGCUCUGUGACAAAAUGGCCCACUUCAUGGUGGAAGGAACCAAAUUCCGGAGUCUGCUCCUCAACAUGUUGCAGAAGGAUUUCACCAUGCGGGAGAAGUUGCAGCAGCAGGAUGUGGAGCACUGGUUGGGGUUCAUCACCUUUCUCUGUGAAGUCUUCAGUACCAUGAGGAGCAGCACCGAAGAGCCCUUUCGAGUCCUUGUCUGCCCCAUUUAUACCUACCUCAGGGAGUUGUUGCAAUGUCAGGAUGUGAAGGAAGAUGCUGUGCUUUGCUGCUCCAUGGAGCUGCAGAGCACCGGAUGGCUACUGGAGGAGCAGCUGCCCGAGAAGAUGACGGAGCUGUUGGCAGUAGCACGUGACAAGAUGCUGUGCCCCUCUGAGUCCAUGCUGAUGCGGUCCCUGCUGCUGAAGGUCAUUGAGUUGCACACCAACAACUGGAACCCCCUGACACCCACCAUCAUGCAGUACUACAACAAGACCAUCCAAAAACUGAUGACUUGGGUGACAGGACAAGUCAGCGGCACCACCCCCCACUGCGCCUGCUCUGGGUGCUACGCCAGCAACUGUCACCAUGCAGGCGCCGCCCGGUACAACGAUGCUAGGAGCCUCCGCGUCACCAGGGAGUGCUGUAUCACUACCAGCUAUUCCGACUACAGCUGCCGCUACGCCGGCGAGAGUCGCCGCUAUUUCAACAGAGGUGGGAGCUACCGGAGGAGGGACCACUACCCUUGCACCAAUAUUGCUGCGGAAGAUGAAAGAACAAUCGACUCAUGA